CAAGAGCUCAUCGCCAUUUUUUUGUCAGCCGCCCCGCGCACCUGCAUCGGGACAGCGACUCCAAAGCAUGGAGGACACCGAAGCCCUGGGGGGCCUCCGCGGCCUGUAUCAGGAUCUGUGUGCUCUUUCGGAUCCUUCGCUGGUGAACAUUGAGCGGCUUUGCAUCGAAUUGGAGGCGCAAAUCCAGGACUUCAGAAAACUCCUUGACAAGCCCACGAAAAACAACACAAGCCGGCAGGCGUUGCUAUCCGGAAAGCUCACCGUCGACGAUGUCGAGUUUUCGAUCAACGAGGAAUUCCAGCAACAAGCGCUGCAGUUGGCAGACGCGUUGGAUCUUGACGAGCUCCAAGCAGCACUUUUGCUAUUUGGAGCGCAGGAGGAGGCUCAGAAGCUGGACCGGACGCCUGUGAUUACAGCGAUUAUGCAAUUUCACCAACGCCGGCACUUCCUCCUGGAUUGCUUGCGCCUCAUCUUCCAGGAGUCCUUCGAGCUGGAGCGGGACAGGACACAGGCUCUUAUGCAGGAGGUGGUCGCUCAGGUGCUGGAGAUUCAAAAUGGCCUUCGAAACGCUUCGUUGUUUGCGAGAAAGGCAAUGAGUGCCAUGGAGGAUGUCGAAAGAUGGCUUACGCUGCUCAACGAGCAGGUUCAAAAAGCCUCUAUUGUCGGACAAUUGGGGGAUGCAGAUGUGAUGGAAGCGAUUGAGUUUCAACGUUCGAGUCUGGAGGAACAGCAUCAGGCGCUGGGUGGUAUUGUCCACUACCUUUUCAAAGGUACCUAUACUAGCCCGGAAGAUCUUCGUGUUCUCCUCAACCGCUUGAGGAAGCUGGACCGUUUUGAUAUGCUCCUCGUGCACUACAUCCCUGCUACCAUUGCGUCCUUUAUCCAGCAUGGCUCGCCAGAAGGGACCGAGACAAAAAGCCUCCAUUCGACCAUUAUGACAGCCAAAGACCCCCAGGCGUGGGUCCUUCCGAGUUUCCAUGCCAUGGUCAUCGCACUGUGGCUAGCAGUAUAUAGCGGGCUAUUCCUUGACGGUCCACCAUCUUUCUGCCCGCCAGGAAUCGAUCUCGAGAAAGAGGCCGAGAUGCGCUCGAAGCAGUUCAUGGGUGCUCUUGACGAUGGGGGCCUAGACUUUAUGCUUGCUGUCUGCUCUGGUGUGAACAACGAGCAAUGGGGAGACCCGGCUAGAAAAGAACUGGUGGCACUCUUGCUUAGAGAUACCGUGCCUCUAGCUGAGCCAAAAUCGUGCUCUGAUUACUUCAAGGCUCUUCUGAUGGUGAACUUUGAGGUCUUUACGGAAUCGUGCAUUGCGAACAUGCCGGAUACUAUUCGACUACUAAAAUCUGAAGAAGACUCCCAGCGCUUGGAACAAAUCACAGCCCUCCGAGAUGGGCUGACCUCAACCGUACAUCGUGGCUUUUUGGAAUCUCGAACCCAUCUCGAGUCAUUCCUCAUGGUCAUGGCCUUUUCUUUCGAACACCGACAGGAUGCUGCGCAGGAGUUCUGGGCCGAUUCAGAUGGAAAUCUCUAUGGCUUCCUUCAAUGGGCCUCGAAAAGACAGACCGUCCCCAGAGUCAGCGCGUUUUGUGAAAUGCUCUGUUGUAUAUCGGAGGGCGACGAAAACGCCGUUGCAGCCCAUCGUUUCCUCUCCGAAGAAGACAAAUUCAUGUCGGGCAAAUUCAAGCGAUCGGCUUCAAUGAAUUGGACCCAGAUGUUUGCCGAACUACAGCUAUACGCUUCGAAAGUUACUGAAAAACCUUCUACCUCCCAUACGAUGUUGCAUGCUCGAAAGCCCGAGCCCGCAGAUAUGAGUGAGCCAGAAAGCCCUGUGAUGCUGACCUGCUACUUGCGCUUGAUGGGACACCUAUCUAAGCAAAGCAGAACGAUCAGGAACUGGAUGCUUCAGCAUCCGACUUUUAAUAUCGUUGGUACUCUGUUGACUCUAUGUAGCGGUCCCAUCCCAACACAUUUAAGAGCCACUACCUUCAUGACCUUGGCUGCUUUGAUGACCGAUCGGACAUCUGCUCACGGCAACGAGAUGUGGCUUUCCAUCGAUCAGUGGAUCUCUGGGGGGUUGAUGAGCACUUCGGGGAUUGGCAAGGUGCCGAUUGUACCCAAUACUCCAGUCUGGCAUGAACAACAGGCGUUCCAAAAAAUCGGAUCAAGCUUUGAUCAGGCAAAUGCCUUUGUCGCUUUAAUCCACGAACUGGCUUCCCCUUCCUCGGAUCAGGCUGGGCUUGCUCUUCUGCUACCGUUUCCCGAAUCCUUGGGUUCGUCGUAUCGAAUGCCGGGCAUCGAGCCGUACAUCGACUUCGUCUUGGGUCAUGCAUUGGCUCGAAAGCUCUCCGACCUCAAUGAAGUCCAAACCCGCCAGCUCACCUACAACUGCUUAAGCUUUGUGGUCACAUGUCUCAGGUCAUUCAAUGAGAACCUCGUCACACUGCUCAGUCAGUCUUCUGCGUCGCCUGACGCCAGCUCCAAGUCGUCCACACUGACAACUUAUAUUCGCCUUCAUCCUUUCGGACGAGCAGCGGAAUGGCUCUUCAAUGAGGACGUGAUCAAAGCAAUCUUUGCCACGGCCCAUCAGAAUGUCGAUGAAAUCAACAGAGCCAGUCCUGAGUCAACACUAGUGCUCUCUUUGCUCAAGAGUAUCGAAACCAUGAACCUGAUCAUUGAUCUUCAAGCCACGUACUUGCACAUCGUCAGGCCCGUGCUCAAAUCCCAGGCGGCUGGCAGCAAGACAUCUGUGGCGAAUGCCUCCCUCGCUUCCUUCGAGGACAAUGUCCUGACGCACCUCACGAUCAUUCCCCAGCUGGGUUUGUAUUGCGGUUCAAGCCAUCAGCAGCUUGUAGUUGAAUCCAUGUCACUACUGGAAAAGCUAUCAAGCUCGAGGAAACUCAACAAAAUGUCCUCGCCGGAACUAUCGAGGUGGCAGUCAUCAAACAAGAUUGUGGAAGUGCUGAGUUCAGAAAUUGAUGUAGACAGUGUGGCACGUCCACUCGUCAAUCAUAUGCAACCAGAUCUGAGAGAACUGGAGUCUGGCCCGCAAGCACCUGGAUACAUUAUCCGUGAAAGCUUGUUUGCCCUACUCACAAGCUGCUUGGGUAUGAUCACUGAUCGACCGAACGUGGCACAUGUUCUACUUGGCUUCUCAAGUGUCGGUAGCGUCCUCGAUGUUGGUUCAGACGGUCUCUUUGCCAACCGAAUGUCCUUGCUCCAUGCCGUCAUUGGCUUUUUGCAAAGCUAUCCCGACGGGAUGGAUGGAAGCAUUCUUCCGUGGAUGGUGCAUCUGAAACGCAUGGCUUUUGAAGUGCUCCAGGACUUGUGGUCAUCGAAACUCUCGGCAACUUUCACUCUUUCCGAAAUGCGUGCCGGUCGGUUUCUCUUCAGUAUGUUCACCAGCCAGCAGCUCAUCAAACCCUCCACUCUCUGGAACGGAUUGUCUAUUUUGAGCGGAGAUUUUUGGGCCUCGGACUCGGCAUCUGCUCUGGCUGAAUUUUUGCUCUACCGUAGCCAUCUUUAUGGCUAUGCUACGACUGAGAUCCGAGCGGCAUCUAAGAUCGGAUCACCAACCCUCCAGGCCGAAAUUCUAUCGAUUCUGCUCGGAACUUCAUCACUGGAGUCUGGAGAAACCAUUCGCAAUCCCACCGUGUUUGAUCUCAUUGACUUUGCUGAUAUGGACCUUGGUAUUGAUUUCCAGCCUCCUUCGCCGAAUUUCCUCAGUGGUGUCAACAUCGAUGCUUGUGCAAAACCACAAGCUGAUGCAUCUUUGGUUCUCUAUAACCUGGACGAGUAUGAUGAAUUGGUUCAAGUUACCAGAGAGGAGUUACUCUCCAAGGGACAGCUGCGGCCGCAGGACGAAGAACUCUUCUUGGCCGAAGCCGAAGACAUCAAAGUGUUCCUCCUUGCCACGAAUCAAAGUCGCCAGGCCCUCUUCAAUCGAUAUGUCGCCUUGCGAUCCUGGACCGAACUGGUCACUGCCAUUGUGACCUCCUCUGCAAUUGACGACAGCAACAAGACCCCGUUUAUUCAUCAUUCGAUACAAAUAAUCCUCCCAAAACUCGAGGUUGCCAUCUCCGAAGAUCGACCCGAGGGCCUUGAGCUAGCACGGUUAGCGGAGACAUUGAUCAGUAAUCUGGAGCCACCCUCGUCUACGACCCAGGCCAGCCGCAGCGGAGACAUUAUUGAUGAGAAAUUAUACCAGCUGUUCCAGAUAUGCAUGCGGGGGGUUGUUUUAGCAACCAGCAAUGUCCAUCUGAGAGAGACUCUCUACAACAUCUCCGUACAGUAUAUCUCAAGAAUAACGUCAUCAGAUUCAACACAAGAGGUGUCGAAGAAGCACAGCCAACAGGUGAUCAAGAGCUCUGGCCCUAUUCUCAUCGAAACGAUCUGCGACGAUGCCUAUGUCGGACAGGAAACCUGCAGGGUGUCUGCCCUUCUGCUUUUGAAUCUUCUUGCCAUUCUAGAUAGCCAGGAAGACCUUGUCUUGGCCGAUUCGAUAUCCCAAUCGAAUUACCUUGCCUUGUUCCUGGACGCGAUUCGAACGUUACCUGACGAGUUGUCAGAUGCGCAAGCAAACGAUACGGAGCUACUCCUGUCGUAUUAUGAGUCUCUUCUGUCGCUUCUUCAACGACUCUCGCAGACCAAGAGUGGAGCGACCUGUGUUCUCAAGGCCGGUCUCUUCCAGGCCGUCCGGGACUCGAGGCUGUUCGCUGCGGACCCUGACAUUGGGAUUGAAAUCGACAACCCCGACGCGUUACGACGCUAUUACGACCUGCUUCUGUCCGUGAUCCGUGUCAUUGUAUCCGCAGUCUUCGUCCGUGGCAUCCACAACGAACAAAUGCUCGAGCAGACCCGGGGAUUCCUGGCUGAAAACAGACAAAGCAUGGUGGGCGUCUUCAAGCGUUUUGCCCGAGUCGGUGCAGGCGCUACUGCUGAGAAAAGCGAGACUCUGGACGAACUAGUCAAAUCCUACAUGGCUCUAAUAGCCGCCACAGACUUCCUUGAGAACUCGAGAGGCGCAACCGAGCAGAGGAGCGGCAAGCGCAAGUCGAUCGGCAAGAGGAAGCUUUCUGAUCACGGGGAGUCGUCGCAGCAGCAACCGCAGCAACAGACAAUCUCGGAGCUUCUGUCAAGUCACGGCCCUGGAUACGCACAUUCCACGACAAGCAAGCGCGCCAGACGCUCAUCCCCUCCGGCUCGGUCUUCUACGCAGGCCCUCAUUGCGCCGGAUAAGAUGUACAACUUCUCCAACUCGGAGCCCAAGGCAAGCGGGGCGUUCGGGCAGAGCAACCCGCUGGGGUUCGGCGGGAACGCCUCGGCGGCGAAGCCACGGCCCUCGCAUCCAACUGCCCGGCAGAGUAAUUUCACGCCCCAUACCGGACCCAAGAGGCUGGUGGUCAAGAACCUACGAACGACGCCACGGUUGAACCAGGACUCAUACUUCGAGAAGGUCUGGGCGCAGCUCGACGCCGCGCUGACGGCUGUCUUUGCUGGUGGCAACCUGGCGGUGUCCCUGGAGGAGCUGUACAAGGGGGCGGAAAAUGUGUGCCGACAGGGUCGGGCAGCGAUACUGGCGGGCAAGCUGCAGGACCGGUGUCGGGGCUACGUCUCGGGGACAUUGCAUGAUGCCUUACUCGCCAGGGCUGGGGACGGCAGCGCUAUCGACACGCUGAGAGGUGUGGUCGAUGCGUGGACAUCGUGGCACACUAGACUGGUGACGGUGCGCUGGAUCUUCUAUUACCUCGAUCAGUCCUUCCUCCUGCACUCCAAGGAAUUGCCUGUCAUUCGAGAGAUGGGGCUUGUUCAAUUCCGAUCUUUCAUCUUUUCGGACCAAAGCCUCAAGACUCCGAUCUUACAAGGUGCUUGCGACCUGAUUGGGGCGGACCGUCAAGGAGACAGUAGCUCGCUGGUGGACUCAUCACUACUGCGCAAGGCCAUCGAUCUGUUUCAUGAGCUCGAUGUCUACUCCAGCGAUUUCGAGCCUUUGUUUUUGACGGAAUCGAAGAAAUUCUUCUGUUCGUGGGCCGACAAGGAGGCAGCUGGCUACCUCGCCACCUUUGCAGAGAACAGCCAUCACCUGAUUGAACGGGAAAUGAACCGAUGCGAACUCUUUUCUUUGAACAGGAGUACGAAACAGAAAAUCUCCGAGCUCUUGGACGAGAUUAUCGUCGUAGAGCAGGAAGACGUGCUUCUUGAUGAGACCGAUGUCCUCGGUCUUUUGCGGGCACACAACCAGCUUGCCUUGGAGAGGCUCUACUCUCUCCUUGAGCGACGGGAAUCCGGCGUCAAGUUGCGGACGGCUUUUAAUAAAUACAUUGUCGAAGAAGGCACUUCGAUUGUCUUUGACCAUGAGAGACAACAAGAAAUGGUGACCCGCCUUCUACAGUUCAAACAACAGCUCGACGACACGUGGAAUGAUUCUUUCCAUCGAAACGAUGACUUGGGACACGUGCUCCGCGAAUCAUUCGAGACGUUUAUGAACAAAGUCCUUAAAACCAACGGGCAGACCGAGACUGCCCGGACGGGGGAGAUGAUCGCCAAAUACGUGGACAUGCUGCUCAAAGGCGGCUGGAAAGUAUUGCCCGGCCGAAAUACAGAAGACAUUGCACUUGCGGACGAGGACGCAGAGAUCAACCGUCAACUUGACAAAGUGCUGGAUCUCUUCCGAUUUGUGCAUGGGAAAGCAGUCUUUGAAGCCUUCUACAAGAACGACCUUGCGCGGCGCCUGCUUAUGGGCCGAAGUGCCAGCGAUGAUGCGGAAAAGAGCAUGUUGACCAGGCUCCGGACAGAAUGUGGCUCGAGUUUCACCCACAACUUGGAAUCGAUGUUCAAGGAUAUGGACGUUGCUCGCGAUGAGAUGUCGGCAUACAAGUCCAUGCAUGGUAGCCGCCGACUCAAACCCGACUUGAAUGUCAGCGUCCUCUCUGCAUCUGCUUGGCCGACGUACCCUGACGUUCCUGUGCGAAUUCCGCCAGUGAUCGCAACGGCGCUCGGGGACUUUGAAACAUUUUACAACAACAAAUACAACGGCCGCAAGUUGAGCUGGAAGCACCAACUGGCGCAUUGCCAGAUUCAGGCCAAGUUCCCCAAGGGAAACAAGAAUCUGGUCGUCAGCUCGUUCCAGGCGAUUGUGCUACUGCUGUUCAACGACAUCAGCGACGAUGAGAAGCUUAGUUACAACCAGAUCAAGGAAGCGACCGGUCUUUCUGACCCGGAGCUGAUCCGAACACUGCAGUCCUUGGCGUGUGCCAAGUACCGUGUUCUCAUCAAGCAUCCCAAGGGCAAAGACGUCAACCCGACGGAUGAAUUCUCCUACAACUCCAAAUUCGUGGAUGCGAAGAUGCAUAUCAAAAUCAAUCAAAUCCAGCUCAAGGAGACCAAGGAGGAGAAUAAGAAAAUCAACGAGCAGGCCGAUGCCGACCGACACUAUGAAGCCCAGGCGGCCAUCGUUCGCAUCAUGAAGAGUCGCAAGACCAUCACGCAUCAGGAACUGGUGACGGAAGUCAUCAAGGCGACGAUGACCCGGGGAUACCUGGACCCGAAGGACAUCAAAAAGAAUAUCGAGAGAUUGAUUGAGAAGGACUAUAUGGAACGAGAUGAAGACAAUCGAUACCAGUACGUGGCAUAGAGCGAUGAAACUAUGCCAUCUAGCUGGUACCUAUUAGUUCAUGUCGAGUCCUGGUAUUUCGAAUUUGUUCCAAGCACAUCAUUAUGAUCAUCAAUGACGGUUUUCUUUUUUUCUUUUUCUUAUCUGGUGUUCUUGGCUGUUUGGAAAUAGGGCAUUACUUUCUUUUCCAGUUCCUCAGGGAAUACCCAUCGUAGUUUUUCUGUUGUCUCCGGAAUACUAGAAUUCCUCUUACACCAUUGUAUCGACUGUUCAAGCAUCUAGUACUUGGAUGAAGUGCUACCAACUUAAGUUCCAACUAAUACAAACACGUCUAUUCCGUC